UCUCAACUCAUUAUUCAAAUUCAAUCAGUGGUGGGCCUACCGGCCACGGACACACUGACACACAGCCUGCUGCAUAGACUCACAUAGACACAAGCCAUGAGUAAUGGAAGGUUGAGAUUGCCAGUAAACACACAGAACGCAAUCGAUCGCGGAGAAAUGGACGCGACAGCGCGGAGUAAAAACACUCUCCUCCAUGGUGUUUUCGAGGUAGUAUCGAACAACAGACGAUUAUUGUGAAUUCCCGCGUGCACAUCUUUUAUUUUGAACAACUGGCCAUCGUAGGGUGGCUAGUGGUUGUCUCUUGUGUUUUGACGCGGCGAGACCUUCAGAGGGAAAAUGGCUCGCACGGUGACUAGGAAACACACUGCUAUGUAUUCACCGUCUUCGUACUUCAAACAGAAAGUUACGAGAGCGGCCCGUUCUGCCGUGUUGAUACUACGCCGGGGUGCUAUCUCGCUGGGUGCGCUCAUAGUCAGGCUCGUCGGUCUGCUGACGUACCUCAAUGUUCUACCGCACCUUGCCAAUAUCCUCAAACCCAGUCGACAGUUCAGAAGGAAGACCUACGAGUACAGUGACUUUGUGACGUACUUGCCUGGAUUCAGGGACAGGGUUGUCCAAUUCAUCAGCACAGAAUCAGCUAAUAAGAAGCGUGUACUCUGCUGGGUCUGGCAGGUAUGUCCCAGCCUUCAACACGUGACCGAUCUAUCCAGCCAAUGGUGUGACGGCAUCGCUUUGUGUGUACUCCUCAACGCCGUGGUGCCCGGCACGUGUCCGAGACAUGACCUCCUCAGACCAGAUCACUCCGUUAAUAACUGCCGUCUAGCGGUCCGGCUGGUCCAACGAAAUCUCGGGAUACGCCAGCCAAUCAUGCCAGAAGAAAUGGGUGAUCCUAAGAAAAUAGGCGAGAAGAAGAUGAUGCAGUACAUCAACAGUAUCCGAUACGCAAGCUACAUCCCCGUGGAGGAACCAGAGACACCCAUCAAGCUGCCGGAGAUAGGCAAACAAAUCGAACUUAACACGGACAACGAGUGCACGGCCAGUGGUAGUGGCCUCGUGGUGGCCGUCAUCGACAAGAGGGCCCGGUUUAACAUCACUACGCAGACUUACAUCUCCAAAAAUCUCUACGUCGAGAUCACCGGACCGAACAGGGAGAAGGUCCGCCGGAAGAUCUUGACGUCAAAGAUCGUGCGAGGGGCCCUGGUGAACGCGAAUGCCAGUCAGUCGAGUAAAGACGAACCGGCCCCCGAUGAGGAUGGACCACCCGAGCCGAUACCUCUGGACUAUCAAGUCAUCAAGCCCGGGUUGUAUCAGGUCAACUACAUACCGAGGAGUCUGGGGAUCUACCAAGUGAAGAUAACGUGGGGCGGGGAGCACAUUAAGAACAGCCCGUUCAAAGUCCGCUCCACUACGGCCAAGAACAUCGAGCAGACGACGGUGAAGGGUGUCGUCAAGGCGGUUUCGUUCCAGGAAGAGCAAUAUACAGAGCACAACGGAGCAGAGGCGGUCGCCGGACAGAAUGACACUGAGGGGGUUGUGAUCAAAUGCCGGCGCCAGUCUCUUGUGAGGCAGCCUCAUAUAUCCACCAUACGAGACUCUUACGAGAGCACUAGCACGUCGCCGUUCAGCAGCAUGUGCAGCAGUAUGGUCAGCAGCAUGGACCACAGCAUCGAUAACACCUCUGAUGUUUUCCUACCCAACCACGGACAAGCUCACUCUGCCGGGAACCAUCCGUUCUUCAUGUCCCGCCACGGUUCAUCUGUAAGCACGGCCUCUUCCCGGAGUGGAUCUAUACUGAGCAGGAGCAGCUCCAUCAUGUACAGUACCGACCGACCUCCCACCGUGAAGACCAGACGGAAGGUCAUCCGUAGAAUCAUCAAAGGUGCCGGUGGGACUGAAGAGGUGACCUACCCGAACGUCCGGAGCUCCUCCCAGUUAUCCUCAUCUCAGAUGUCCAGCAUGGCGAGUUCUCCUUCGAUCUCAACGUCCAUGAGUAUUGACGACCGCUCGCCCAAAUUCAGUACUUCUUCCUCCUCGUCUGGCGCUAGCUCGUCUCGCGCCAUCAAUCCGUCCGCGAUCAGGACAGUGCCUCCAACAGACAGGUACGCUGACCACAUGUCAAAGAUCAUCAUGGGCAAAGCCCUCAACGAGAUAGCCAAGCAGGUCGCCAUGAAUCUAAAUUCGAACCGCCAAACAAAAGACAAUAAAGAGCGUGUGGGUGGAGAGGUUUUAACCGUCAAGAGGACUCCAAAUGACUCAAGUUGCCAGUUGGAAUCCCUGUCGGAAUCCCAGUUGAAAGCCAAAACCGAGAGUCCGAGUUCAUGUGUGGUAGGUGCAACAGCUGAAACCGGCAACAAGAAAUACAUGACACGCAAUCAACCCGAGAAUAAGGAGAAGUCUGCCGACCUUGAUAAUUACCUUCAGACUAGAAAACAGUUUCUGCGGGAGAUCGGGAGUGGAGGUCGACCAUGUGAGUCAACGCAAUCAGUGGGAGGUGUGAUGAGCACCGCUGCACCAGGGGGAGGGUCCAGUGCGGGUAACACCACCAGCGUCUCCACCAGUGUCAAAUCCACAGAAACGACACCGGCACAUUCACGGAGGAUCCACAAGAAACGAAAAGAGGACAAAGCAACCCAAUGCACGGCACAGGACAUUAAGACUGCGACGGGUUGGGUCAGUCGACGGAAUGUGUACCGGAACGCGCACGUUAACAACAGGCAAAAGGACAGCAACGGGGACAGUGCUUUGGGUGAGAGUGAAGGGUCUGUUGCGAACUCGUCAAGCGAGAAGGAAACGGCCAAGACCCAGUCUAGCAAACUUAGUCGAGUACAAUCUGAAGUUGUACAGCACACACAAGGUCCGACUCACUUACGGGGGGCAGUAGAGAGCAGUUCACGCCCUGUCGACAGCGAGCCGCACGGAAGGUUCAGCAUUGGUAGCGGACCGGUCCAAAGGCGCGGACGGUCCGGGACGCACUCCAGCCAGGGAAGGCAGUCUACCUUCGACAGUGGAUUCUCAGAUGAAAACGGACACUUGACGGGCCAUGAGAGCAGACGCAAUACGGAUGAAAUGCGAAGCAGGAUAAUAGCUGGUCUCAAGAGCAACGGGAAGAAAGAAGAAAACCUGUCUCUGAUUACUCAGUCUGCACCCCUGAUGCAAGUUGAUCGUGGUGUGGACAUAACCACAAAUAAAAGCAAGAUCACACAUGAGGGGCAGGCUAAAGUGAAUGAAAUCACAACAAAACAGCAAAACUCAAUUGAACACUUCCACGGUAUUGACCAAACUCACGCAAUGGAAUGUUUGACUAACAUUCCAGCAAAUUCGAAUCGUUGUUUACCAACAUCUCCACAAGAGAUGAAUGAUUCUUCGAGUCCCGAGAAUGAAAAUGACGACUCGGUCUCUCGGCAAUUCUUAACGGUCGAAUGUAACGGCUGCCAGGACAGCUCGACCGCGCCGACACCAGGAGGCUCGUCCGUUGGAAACAUCUCAACCCCCGAAGACGAGGACGCCUCCGCAGAGAGCAAAUCCAACACCAGUAGUGACAUACCGGAGGAGAACAAAAGCCCCAAACAGUUCGGCGAACCCUCGGUCAUGGAAACCCCUUACACUGAGGAUAGCGAGACCCUGGAUGCGAUGCUGCGCACCCUCGAGAACGACCCGGAGUACUCCACCAGAGAGUUCCUCCGGAAGUACCGGCCCGUGUUGGGGGACGAGUUGGGAAUACUUGCCCAGUUACAGGAGGCAGAACAACCCUCACAGCAGGAGUCGCUCCGAGGUGUGGCGAGUUACCACAAAGACGAGUCGUCUACGAAGGAGGGUAGCUUGACCACGCCGAGUCAACCCAUACCGGAGAGGUGUCAUGCUUCGGGUGUGGGACUCCACAACGGCAUCGUGGGUGACAAGAACAACUUUCAGGUACGCACAAUAUCAGCCGGUGACGGCUCACUCAGUGUGACCAUCCGUGGACCCCGCCCCCACACGGUCAACGAGACUAAUGUUGUCUACACAGGUGAUGAUCUCUAUGAGGUCAUCUAUGACGUCAGUCUGGCCGGGUUUUAUGUUAUAUCAGUUAAAUGGGCCGAAAAACACAUUCCAGACAGUCCGUUCAUAGUUAAAAUUACCUUUUGAGAUAAGUAUGCAAAACUAUAAAUAUAUACGUAAACAAAUCGCAUUGCAAUGGUAUUGGCAAAUGAAGCCACACCAUUAUUUUACACCGAAAUGACUAGUGACGUGGUUUUGUGAUAAUUUUACUGGAAUUAUAAAAAUAACGGAUUGCAAUGAACCAAAAGGUACAUACAUUUUGUGUUGAAAAAUAUAUUUUCAAGAAAACGUGUGUGUAAUGCUUCCAGCUAAAACUCAAGACAUUACGUAAAAGACAUUGGAAUUUUGUGAAGGGCGGCAGGGAAGAGGGUUUCACUUUUUUGUCUACAGAAACAUGUUUGGUAUCUUCAACUUUUUUUUUACUUGAAAUUAUGUUAUGAUUUUAUAAUAGUGUAAUAAUUUUGUCAAGAAUAUAAAAUUAUUUUGUAGAAUUUACGCCACAAGAAUAAAAAGGAUAAUCAAAAGUAUAAUCAUUUUGUAAAUAUUUUUAUUAAAAUUAAAAUUAACAACGCCACUUUGCUAUAAAACUUUAGAUUUUUGGUAUCACCUUUGUAUAAUCAACAUGGCGACACCCGAACAAAACGAGUUCUUCAUUGAGUGCCAUGUAAAAAUAAAAAAUGCAAUAACUCAUUUUGCCCACGUUAUGGAAUAAGUUGACUUGACGAUACAUUAUUUUCAUCUCGUUAGACGAUUAACCGAAGUUAAAGGCACUGAACACUUUUGGUAAUUACUCAAAAUAGUUGUAAGCGUAAAAACUUACUUGGUAUCGAGCACUGUAAGAACUAUUGAUAAGUGUUGUGAGAAAUGGCUCCCUCUGAAGUAACGUAUUAUUUUUUCUUUCCUUGUUUUCUCUUUUUUUUAGAGGUAAGUUUCUCACUCAUUAAAAAUACUCCAGAACCUAAGCCUUUUUUAAAGCAAUUGAAAGCACAUAGUGCAACAAGGGUUUUUCUUUCACUACUCUCUUGAAACUUCGAUGACUUAUUAUUGAGCAAAAGUUUUCAAGGAUUCGUUGUUCAUCAAUGCAAUUAUAUAGACAUGUUUUUUAGUGAAUCGUCUUGGCGGAAUUAAUGACCAACCUGGAAAUGUUGUAUGUGGUACUGAUGUAGCUUUAUUCUCUAAUAAGUUAACACAUCAAACAAUGCACAUAAUAUCUCAGUCUAUGAUAAUACGUGUAAAAAAGAAUAGUAAUUAGUUUUUACAUUGUCCAUAUUAUUCAAUUACUUUCACGGUAUCUUUUACCAGUCAAAGUUUGUAUGAUAGUUUAACUUCCAUAACGACGAGAACUGUUGUCCUUUUUACAUGCAUUACAUGUAAAAAGGACAAUAGCUCUCGUUAAAGUUCUUUUAUGAAUAUUCUGCCACAAACCCACCAGAAUGUGCUGUUGUUAAGACUUAUAUUAUUUUUUCAACACAUCAUGUUUGUACUAUUUGGCAGGUAUUAUGGUGUAUAUAUAUGUUGGUUAUGUUUGGUGUUUAAACCACCCGUGGUGUCAAUAUUAUGUUAACACCCCAGUUUUUACGAUGUUGGCCUACUACAAAAAAUGUAUUUUGUUAGUGUAAUGUUGCUAUUAUUCUAUUGCACUUCUAUCAUCUCGAAAGGAAUAUUCGAAAUUGUUAUUCUCAAAGCACCAACAAGUGUGUGGAAGUUGAAAGAAAAACUAAAGCUUCACCGGGAACCCGAGGCGGGAAGCUUUAAGAAUUCUUCGUGAAUUUAAUUUGUUUCGGUUACUAAAAUAAUGUUGUAUGAAUUGUUUCGAUUUUGAUAAAAACAAAAGUAUCCUUAAAACAAAACAAAAAUAUGCAAGUUCUCUUUAUUUAGGCCCCGAAAAAACUCAUUUUUUGGUGUUUUGUUUACUCAUCUUUCUUCCAUCCAUGAAGUUCCACGUACUACGUGAAGAACAACAAAAUAUAUUAUACGAAAACAAGAUAUUAAUGAAAACAUGUGGAGCGAAACAAAGGCUAGACCUUCAUGAACUGAUAAACCUAUUUUUAUGUGCAAUUGAGUCCAUCCACUAUUAUUUAAAUAAAACUUGUAUCCUGCAACUAUGUGAGGUUUAUUUUGAUGAACAAUAAAAUCUAGGGGUGAUCAUUAAAAAAAUAUUAUUCA